CAUCCACAAACAUCAAUUUACACAGAGUAGCUCAGGGCGGGGAGGAGAAAAUGAGCCGCUCGGACCCAAAACAGAUGAAGAAAUAGCAUCGCUGUAGACUGUCUGUGGAAAAACAUUAUUUCAUCGAAGCAGCAGCAAUAACUAAAUAAACGAGUUAAAGCGAUAAUGCUUUUAAGUUUCCGGCGCAAAUACACUGUAGCGGUAGCGCUGGUCUCAAGAGCACUUUAUUUUCAAGCAACAUAUAAUGCUGCCGUGGAAGAAAAAUAAAUUCGAUCUGAUCGAAGAAGACAAGCAGUCAAAGCCGAAGGGCUAUGCGGCGAGUCUCAACUACUCUGCACUCACGUCCUUUGCAAAGUCUUGCCCGGAGAGCGCUCUCAGCAGGGUCGGAAGCAUGUUCAAAUCCAAGAGGAAAAAAGUGAGCAUCACCAACGAGGACCCCACUUACACGGUGCUGUACCUGGGCAACGCAACCACUAUCCAGUCCAAGGGAGACGGCUGCACUGACGUGGCCGUGAGCAAGAUCUGGAACAAGAGCGAAAUGGGCAAAAACGGAACCAAGAUGAAACUUACCAUCAGCGCCCAGGGGAUCCGCAUGGUUCAUGUGGAUGACAAAGCGCGCAGACCGGGUCACUUGUACCUGUUGCACCGGAUAACGUACUGCGUUGCGGACCCUAGGCUACCCAAGAUUUUCGUCUGGAUUUACAGGCACGAGAUGAAGCACAAAGCCGUCAUGCUGCGGUGCCACGCCGUGCUCGUCUCCAAACCAGAGAAAGCUAAAGCCAUGGCGCUUUUGUUGUACCAGACUUCAGCUACAGCCCUGGCUGAGUUUAAGAGGGUUAAGCGCAGGGAUGAUGCCCGGCACCAGCAACAGCAGCUGAUAGGGGAGCAGACAAUCCCCCUGGUCCCCCUCAGGAAGCUCUUAAACGGACAGUGCUAUUACAAACCUCCCGUGGAGAGGAGCCGGAGCGCACCGAAAUUGGGCUCCAUCACCGAGGACCUUCUCGGGGAGGAGGAAGAGGAAAAAGCGAAACAUUUCGAGUGCGAGGACAUUCUGGACACAGAUGACGACUGCUUGGGCAAUGGUAAACAAGAGCUUUCUCAGAUAAUCAGCGACCUGGGAGAAAUGUGCAUUGGUAACGACGUCCAAACUCUGAAAUCGGACCUGAGAGUCACCCGGUUACUGUCCGGGGAAAGCACGGGGAGCGAAUCUUCAAUAGACAGUAACCAGGAUCCGAAUUCACUUUGCAACGGCUUCGAGGAAGUCAAAGAGCAAGAGAUAGCUUGAAUUAUUAUAUUUUAUUUGUAUUUAAGUGUUUGUGUUCCUUCCGGUGUUGAUGGAGGAGUAGUUCGAGCUAAUUUUAUUAACGCGGACACACACGCGUAUCCUCCUCUUAAUAAUGGACCAACAGACCCGUUGAACUUGUGAAGGUACAGUGUUUACCUAGAGAUAUGCCACAUUCCUUAAAUAACUGUCUUGGGGUGGGGGCACACGUGCAGUUUCAAUAUUGUUUCUGAAUGAUUCACACAACAAAACGCGAUUCCUAGCUUCUUUAUUCAGAAUAUUCCGUUUUUCUGUAUAUAACUCUUUUGUAUAUAACUGUUGUGAAGUUGGUUUGAGUGAUUUAUUAAUUGUAAUUUUGUAAAUAGCAUUGUCCUGUUACCCCUCUCUUUAAAUGUUCUUAAAAACAUACAUGUUAUAUCUUUGCUGUGCAAAAGGAACGACAUACCUUGAAGUAUUCCAGUUGUAUAUAGUAAAUGUGUAUAAAACAAAUGUUAUUUUUUAAAAAGUAUUGUGAACUCACAAAUACCAAUAAAGAAAAGAUAAAUCAACA